GUUGAAGAAAAUUACAAUAGUUUUAGAAGUAAAUAACGAAACAAAAUGAAAACUAUUAUGGUUCAAAGUCCUCAGUCGCAAAGUGAAGCUCACAGAGUACAGAAGAGAGCAAUGAGGAUGUCAGGAGUUGCUGGGCAUGGUCCCAUCUUGCAUCGUCCUUCACCGUCUGCAUUUUGUGCUGAGGCAUCGAUCCUGAGGGCCGCAACUCUGAGGGCAGCAUUGCCAGCUGCUGAGUAGGGCUCUUUUUUAUGAGGAAAGCAGCCGUGACAUCACUUCCUGUUUUGGUUGUUUGCUCUCCUUGUUGCUGCUGCUGCACUUUAUGGCUCAUAUGGCUCAGGUUGCCUCAGGGUCAUUUUAGAGUGAGGAGUCUGCACACUUAAAAUCCUUUUUUUCUUUGCUCAUUUAUUCUGUGGCAGGAUAGGAUGACGUUUCCACUGUUGCCUUCAUCAGAUUCUUCAUCAGUGCUCAUGUCCUGAUUCAGACCAUUGAGGACCAUGCUGACCGGUCUGCUUGAGACAGGAUUAAAUUACUCAGCGAGCCUUUUGGUUUUCUGCUGUUUUGGUCUUGUUUUGUCUUCUUUCCGGCCUUUGUCGGCCUCCAACCGUCCUCCUAUCUCUCUCCAUCCCUCUGGCCCAUCUCUGCCCCAGACAAGGGCAAGAGAGAGAGAGACAGAGACAAGAGAGAGAGAGAGAGCGUUCCCCACCACGUGCUACACCAACGCUCGUUAGGAGAAUGGUUUCCGCAGACAUCCGCCCAGUGGCGGCCGCAGCAGUGGCAGCCGCAGCCACAGUCUCCACCUCCACCUCCUCCUCCACCACCUACCCGGAGCCGCUGACGGCGAUGUCGCGCUGGUACUUGUACGCCAUCCACGGCUACUUCUGCGAGGUGAUGUUCACGGCCGCCUGGGAGUUCGUGGUCAACUGCAACUGGAAGUUCCCGGGCGUGACCAGCGUGUGGGCCCUCUUCAUCUACGGCACGUGCAUCAUGAUCGUGGAGCGCAUGUACCUGCGUCUGCGCGGCCGCUGCCCCAUCCUGCUGCGCUGCAUCAUCUAUACGCUCUGGACGUACGUGUGGGAGUUCGGCACCGGCUUCCUUCUGCGGCAGUUCAACGCCUGCCCCUGGGACUACUCGCAGUUCAGCUACAACUUCAUGGGCCUGAUCACGGCCGAGUACGCCGUGCCCUGGUUCUGCGCCUCCUUCCUCAUGGAGCGGAUGGUCAUACGCAACACGCUCCGCCUGCGCGUCACCGAGCACGGGGAGCCGGCCAAGGCGGGCGUGGGUGCUGCUGCUGCUGCCCCCGUCAGGCCUGGAGGUGGUGGUGCGGCUGGCGUGGGAGGAGGUGGUGGAGGGGAGGGAGGAGGAGGAGGAGCAGCACAAGGGAGGGAGGGCUUGAGGGGGAGAGGGGCCAUGAGUGCUAACGGAUACGUGAAGGUGGACUGAGACAGGACGGAGGAGGCGUAAAGGAGGUGGAAUAAUAAUCUGGAUGUACGGCAGCAGGACUGCUCUGCUCCUUCUUUCUCCUCGUUAUCUGUCUCGACCUCUCUCCUCCUGCCCACCCCACCUGUCCGCACCUGGAAACAUGCAUCAUGCACAUCAACACAUACUGUACACAUACCCACAGACAUAGCAUAGGAUCCAACACACACACACACACAUGCACACACACACACACACACACACACACACACACACACACACACACACACACACACACACACACACACACACACACACACACACACACACACAGCAACAGUACACGCAAAUGCAAGGGGUGAUAUGUAUGUAGUAGAUGCAUACAUACAUACAUACACACACCUACAUCAACACAUACAUAGUGUACUGUACCUAAUAGGAAGGCACAUAUACACAUACAUACACAUACAAAACAACUUACACACUCUCCUCUUAACCCUCUAACCUUUACCAUCCUAUGGCCAUCCUAACUAGCAAGGGUUCACACCUCCAUGACAUAUCAUACGUCUCUCCUAAUCACAAUACCUCCACAUACUGGAGUAGAAAACAGAGGAGAGAGAAUGAGAUGAGGGAGGGAGGAGAGCAAGAAAAAGAGGAGAGGAGAGGAGAGAGAAGAGAGGUGGAUGAAGGCGAGAGUGUAGAGACAGAGCAAUCUACCAAAGGGUGAGGCAGAGGAGAGGAAAAAGAGAACAAAUAAAUAAAUACUUAAUAAAUAAACAUGCAGCCGUGACAUGCUGGAGAGAAGGAGCAGGCCAGCUGACACUUAGAAACAGACAGAAGAAGUUGAGCGUCUGUCAGUCAUACACACACAGACACAGACACAAACACAAACACGCACAUAAAGAAAAGGAACACGAACAUACUGUACUACACACCCACUCAAAUAACCACCCACUCAAACAUUCAUACAAAUUCAUACACACACAAUAGUACACAUGCACGCACAAACACGUGUGCACACACACACACACACACAAGCACAUACACACGCAUACACACACACACGCAUACACACGCACACUCACACACACACACAAGCACAUACACACGCACACGCAUACACACACAUGCACGCAUACACCCUCAUGCACACAUGCACACACACACACUCCCCCACUUGUCCUCCCUGAGAGGGCUGCCCGACCCAUGCCUCUCCUGGCUCUGCGUUGCAGCAGUGAACGUUUGAGAGGAGCAAACUAGCAGCUAAUCCAUUCCAGCACAGCUCCACACAUCACCCACCCUGUGUGCGUGUGUGUGUGUGUGCGUGUGCGUGUGUGCGUGUGUGCGUGUGUGUGGACGCUGCGCAAACGACGUCGACAGCUGGGCCUCUGUGAUAUCAUCACCGCAUCAUAAGGUCAAAGGUCAUCCACCAUCCUGUCAAUCAUCUUAUUCACCCACACAGAGAGGUAGGAAAGUAAUAGCAUUCUGUCCAGGACGGAGAGAAAGUAGCAUUUGGAAAAAAAACAACGUAUAAACGACGGACGUCAUAAGUGAAAUCAAAUCCUUCCACUAAACAACAAAGCAAGAAACCUUUGUAGAAUUCUAAUUGUCCAUGUAUGUUGUAGCAAAAAAUGCAAAUAACGGUCGAUAACGCAUGCUUUUUAUUUCUAAUUUCUGUUAUUUAUUAAUAUUUAUCUUGAAUAAUCAUGUGUGUAGCUUGAAAUUAAUAUAUUAAUAAUGAAUGGUUAGAUAUUUAUUGAGACUAAUGUAUGUAUGUAUGUUUGAGUUCAGUGUUCCCCAGGCAAUUGUCGGUUUUUAAAAUCACAAAAGGACAAAAAAUACUUGUGUGCUUGACUCUGCAUGAGACCAGUCGUCUUCCAAAACAAACAUAAAACGAGUUCCUUCUGAGACAAAUGUUUUUAUUUUAAAUGUAUGAACAUUCAACACCAUGCAUCCAUGUCUGUGUCUGUUCCCUCGAGAAAGCCCAGCAAAGACAUCUGGAGUGGUUUUAACUUGAAAACAUAAAAACAAAACAAACAGAAAAAGAUUCAAAACCUGAAAAUAGGUGAUGUCUGAGUGUAGUGGGGAGUGUUUGAGUGGGUCAUAUGAGUGGGGUGCAUCUUAACGGGAGCUGCUUCAAUGGAUGAAACAGAAAGAAUCAUUUGGUGCUACAUUUUCAAUAAACCUUUUGAAUUUC